UUUCUCGCCACCGCCCCUCCCGCCGCAGGAAGCCGCACGGCCGCGGUGCGUAUUUAUGCGGAGCGCCGGCAGCAGCGGCCCGGCUGAGCGCGGGGCGGCGGCGCCCGGCACCGCUCCCUCCCGCCCGGGCGUCAGGCGGCGAGAAUGAGCCAGAGAGACACCCUGGUGCAUCUCUUCGCCGGCGGAUGUGGAGGUACUGUUGGUGCAAUUCUGACAUGUCCACUGGAAGUUGUGAAAACACGAUUGCAAUCCUCCUCUGUAACUCUCUACAUCUCUGAAGUCCAUCUCAACACUGUGAAUGGUGCUAGCGUCAAUCGAGUAACUAGAGUUUCUCCUGGACCUCUCCAUUGUUUGAAGAUGAUCUUGCAAAAGGAAGGUCCUCGUUCUCUGUUUAGAGGGCUGGGUCCUAAUUUAGUAGGCGUUGCUCCUUCCAGAGCGAUAUAUUUUGCUGCUUACUCGAACUGCAAGGAGAAGUUGAACAAUAUUUUCAAUCCAGAUUCUACCCAGGUACACAUGAUUUCAGCCGGUGUGGCAGGUUUUACUGCGAUCACAACAACUAAUCCCAUUUGGCUAGUAAAGACACGAUUACAGCUUGAUGCAAGGAAUCGUGGAGAAAAGCGAAUGAGUGCUUUUGAAUGUGUCCAAAAAGUUUACCGAUCAGAUGGUAUCAAAGGAUUUUACAGAGGAAUGUCAGCAUCCUACGCAGGCAUAUCUGAAACUGUUAUUCAUUUUGUUAUUUAUGAGAGUAUUAAGAGGAAACUGCUGGAGUAUAAGACUGCUUCUGCCAUGGACAAUGAGGAUGAAUCGGCAAAAGAAGCUUCGGACUUUGUUGGAAUGAUGAUGGCUGCUGCCACUUCCAAAACUUGUGCAACAUCAAUAGCAUAUCCCCAUGAGGUUGUACGAACAAGACUAAGAGAAGAGGGAACAAAAUACAGAUCUUUCUUCCAGACAUUAUCUUUGCUUGUGCGAGAAGAAGGGUAUGGAUCCCUCUACCGAGGUUUAACUACACAUCUGAUCAGACAAAUUCCAAACACGGCUAUCAUGAUGUCAACCUAUGAAGUGGUAGUCUACUUGCUUGAUGGAUAGCAGCGUGACAGGGCUUCCUAGGAGAAGGUGGAAGAUGAAAAGACUGGAGUGGACCACUGAAUGUCUAUGCCAAUGUGGUGGGCAAAAAAAAAAGUAAAGUUCUAUCAGGAUCAUGCAGCUGUGGACAAAACAGAAGGUUGAUUGUGGGCAACUAAUGAAUAAUUUUGCUGCCUUAUUGUAUGGUCUCUUGGCAAUGUGACAAAUGGGAAGUGCCCCUUAGGGAAUGCCUUUAUACAUCUCUUAAAGUUGUUGCUUUCUUUUUCAUCUGUUAAUCUAGAUGAGGCUUUUCAGUCAGCUUCAGAGAUGUGAUGGGUGAGGGAGCAGGCAUAAAAUACAUUCUUGGGCAGCCUUAUUCACUUAUCGUAGUGAUUGCUCUCAACUACAUACUUCUUGUUCUGUUUUACUGCACAGUAACCUGUUGGAAGAAUGGGGAGGACAGUACUUCCAUACCUUUCCAUACCCAAAACUUCCAUUCAGUCACUCUGAAGAUUCAUAGAGACUGAGGUAGUAAUUAGUGUGUAAAAGUUUUCUAUAUUGCUACCUCAAAACAAAAUAUGACACAGGGACCCAGAACAGAGUUAUUUCUUCACUACAAAGAGUGAUACUUUGUUUUUUUGUUUCGGUUUUUGUUUAGGUUUUUUUGUUUGCUUGAUUUUGGUUUUGUUUUGUUUUUUUUUUUUAAGUUUGAGCAGUGUUGUAGGUUAGUGAGACAGGAUCUGUAUUUUGAGCUCUUCAGGUUAUCAAUCUGUUAAUAUUGGUGUAUGUGGAUUUCUAGUUAUGCUGCAUCAUCGGUUUUCUUUUCUGGAACUUUCCGUAAGUAAGAGACCUAUGAAGUGUUCUGCUAUAUCAUCAGUUUUCCUUGCCAAACUGUCAGGUCACUCACACAUAGCCCUUUUAAGGAUUCUUUAUGUGAUGAGAAAUCUCAACUAGUCCAGCCCACAAUUUCUGAAGACAAGAUUCACUCCAAUAGCUUUAUGCUUACUAAGAACAAGCUGUAUUACCCUUAAAUGUCUGGCAAAUCCUUACUUGAAUUACCAGUAUCUAUGGGGGGGAGGGCGUGCAGGAGGAAAACAUAUCACCACAGCUAAGGUGACCAGAAAGCAGCAAACAGGUGAAGUUGUGAUAGAUCUUUUCACUGCAGAGAGCCUCUGUGCAGAACAAUGGAGAAAACUAAUUGAGAUUUUCUUGUAAGCAUUCCCCUUAACUGCUGUAUCACUUGUUCCAACUUGAGCCUGUGUACUGAACUGCAGCUGACAGUAUAACCUUGUCCUCUAAAUUGUGUGAAUACUUAGGCAUUGUUUUUGUUGUUCUACAAGCCCAUUGGAAAACAAGGUGUUGCAUUCACUAGUGAGGCUUAGCUAGUUUAUUCUGUCAUAAUUUACAGGGUUUUCCAAAACCAUACAGCUGGAGUGUCAAAAUCAGAAGCUUAAUCUUACAAGAAAGUGUACAACUUUCCAAACAGGUAUAUUUCAUCUGCACCUUGAGUACUUCUCUGUCUGCAUCCAUGAUCCUUAUGAGGAAGAUGAUCAGUAUAAAUUGGGGGCAGUAACUUUCUACAUAAAAACGCUGCUACACUCGUGUGGGCAGAACUGUGCUAUCAAUUCUUCUGGUGUGGUACUUCAGUACACUUAAACUGUGCGUUGUGUGCAAUGGCUUUAUUUUAUGAAUGACGACUCAUGCACUUUGUGGCCUUCUUAGGGCUUAAGACUUUUCUUCCUCUUGCUGUUUUUCUGUAGUCAAACUGUGUUCAAAACAUGCAGUUUUACUUUAAACAAAGCAUGUGGUUUGAUUUCUGUGUAAACUGUGCUGGUUAAAACAUUUUAUGCUGUAGAUCCAUAGCAUCUCUGAUGCAGUAGUUCUGUAGGCUGUACAUAAAAGCUGGAAGCUUACAGAAUAAUCACUCUGGAUUUUUCUCAUUAGCUUUCCUUUAUUUUGACGCUUGUCAUGUUCUCCACACAGUGUCAAAGUAUUUGAGUAUUUCAUGUAGCUUUCUGUAUUAAUUGCUCAUCCAUGUAAAAGCCACCUAUAGUAUGUACAGCAAAGUUGCAGUGGAGGCUUGGCUGUACUGACUUCCUUUUCCUUGGAAAAUGUUACCUUACCUUUUUAAAGACAGACAGAUAGCAUGGCCUGUGAUGUGACCAAAGGUGAACUUGUUUUAAAGAAGUGAGGGGAGUGCUUAAAUGUGUGUUUUAGAGUGGGCUUUUUCUAGUGGUCUCUCUGGGAAAAGUCUGGAGUAUUCAUGACUGACCCAAGUCGUCUUGUGAUGACAUUGUUCAGAUAACUAAGUGCAGGGAUAGCUACUUAACUGUAGUUUUUGUUCCUUAAAAAGUGGAUUACUCUCCAGGUUAUCCAGAUUAUUUAGUCAUAGCCAAAAUUUAAAUUGGCAAAAACAGUAUUCAGCUUUGGAAUUCAUGAAUACAAUUAACACUUGGAUUAGUUCAGGCUUCAUGAGAGUUACUCUCCUCUGUUUAUUGGAUACGUUCUCCCUUGGUUACAUGUUCAUCUCCCAUUAAUUCACUGGGUACCUUGUGUGUGCCUUGUCUGGGUGAUAACAGACCCCCUGGAGUUAAGUAGAAAAUGUUAGCAAUGGUAAUUGAGUAUGGGAGACAACAGCUAAAAAUAGACAAUCAGCUUAUUAUUCUACCUUUUUAGUGGGGGUUUAAGCAAUGUUUUAAACUUCAGGGGUGAUCAUCUUUUUGGGUUGCUUUACAUAAUAAAACAUAAACCCGAAGUUUCUUGGGAUUUUUGUUUUUCUUAAACUAUCAGUACAAAGUUACCUCUGAAAUAUUUCCCAAAGAUCUUUAAAUUAUUUAUAUAGUUUUCUUUAUAUUUAUUAUAAAACCUCAAAGGAAAUAAGAAGAUGCUACAUUCAGUAAUAUCUUCAACUCCAGAACUGAAAGGAGUGCAUUUAAAUUUCUUGUAACUUGAAAUGGUCAUCUUGACUUCUAUUUGAAUGUAGUGUAAUUGUCACACUUGUCUGUGCUAGAGGCAGAGGUCUUGGGUGUCUGAAGAACUCUCAGUAACCAAUUAGUUCCCUUGCCUAGGUGAAACGGAAAUGUUACUGCAAGCUGUGACUUGGCGACCAGUUAAAUUCGGGAAAGGCUGUGCGCCUGCGGUGUCCUGCGCCAGUCAGAAGAUGGCACUGGAGCAUGGAUUCUCGGGCGGGAAAGGGGCUGCCCGGGCCCGGCCGGCCCGCCCGGCCUGCGGCGGUGCGCGGGUGGUCACCGACUGUCUGGGGCAUAUCGGGGGGGGGCGUGGCAAGGGGGCCCGAGUUUGGAAAGCCAUAAAAACACAAAUUUCCGUCAAUGCAGUCACAGUUCUCAGCCCUUCUAGUAUCUGUUUGGUUCCUGUAGAGCUGUGUGAAAAGGAACAGGUGAGUUGUGGUGUCUUGUAGAGGGUUCAGCCCAGCCUUUAAAUUGACUGGUAGAUCUGCAGUUUCUGUCAGAAUUGCUGAUCUGCUAGCCUAUGUUGUCUUAAGUAGGUUUUCACUAGGGCUUUAUGGAGGUUUUUGGUUAUUGUAACUGAAACAACCUGUCCACUUGUAUAUUGACAUUGCACCUAUCUAGUAUUCUGUUUACAUAAUGCACUCCAUGUAUUUCCUUUCUGAUUGAGAUGUUUGCUCAUGACAGUUUCUCCUAUUCUGUUUUUGUUCUUAUAAUGACACUUGUAACAUUCCUCAGACUGUAUCAUUUAAAAGAAUGCUUCCAGAGACAAAUGAUUGGAGAGCCUUUAUGAAUGUCACUUCCUGUUUAAACUGUUUAAAUUCAGAAAACAAACUGAAUACUGAAGUGUGCCUAGGUAAAUGUACUACUGUUUUCAACUUCCUGUCUGUUAAGACUAUUCUGUAAGUUUUCAGCUCUAUUUAAGAGAAUCUGCCUACCCUGCAUAUGUGAACAUAUUUACACCCUCGGAGUGGUAGCUAAACACUCACAAAUGACAGUCUGAGAAUACUUAAAUUCUCAUGUGAGGUUUGCUAUUACUCUUGCGUACAUGUAGUUGGCUGUAAACUGUGUGCAUUUACUCUGUAUUUAUAUAGUUAACUUUUUUGUUUGGAUUGCGUUAAGCUUCAAAUUAAAAUGGUGUGCUUUAUUCAAAUGUUGCCUUCUGUGCUAAACUGUACAUCAUUUUUAACCUUUUACUUUUUCUAUUAUUGUUAUAUACCAGUGCCUAGAGAGUUGUGAUUAAAAAUGAGCAAUUCAUUAGGAGAUUCCAGUGAAUCAUUUUAUCUUGUGCCAUUUUAUAGUAGCUGAAAAUAAUAUAUCUGUAUUGUACCUAUAAUAUACUAUUUUUGGAGGAGUUCAUGGGUGACUUAAACUAGUUGGAUGUGUUCUUGCAGUUGGAUUUGAAUACUAUUACCUCUGCAGAACUAAGUGUUACUGUCUGUCAACUGAGAUACAGUAACCUAGUGAUCAGAAAGCUCACUGAAAGUGCCAGCUAGCACAAACCACUGCUGAUGAAAAUGAAGGGCAGUAAUUCCUUACAAUUUUCAGACUUAAUUGCAUGUGCAGUUAUAACCAAGUCCUUGUAUCUGAAACAAUAUUACAUUUUUUUUUUCUUAACAGCAGGCAUUUGAUCUGAAAUCUGUCCUCAGAACUUCUUCAGAAAUCAUUCAUGCAAAUGUAUAUCUAGGUUUUGGUGACUGUGUGCUAUGUUUUUUCCCCUAGGUGUGUGUUCUGGAACUGAAUUCUUUGCAGCUUUUAAUAUGGAGCUAGGCUUGAUGUCUCUGAUGUGAUUCUUUCAGCAAUUCAGUACUAUUUUGAAACUUGCAUGAAAACAGCACAUCUGUGAUCACUUUUUCUUUCAGUAGUUGUUAAUGUGAAUUGACCUACCUUGCUCUGCCUCUGAGACUUUCUACCUUCCAGGUCAACCAGGCUUAGAGGUGAUGGGUCUUCUGGAAUCAGCACAGGCAACCAGUGUGCUUAUCCCUGACACUUCUGAAGUUAUGCCUCUAACUGUCAGAAUUAUAAUUGUCUGUAGUUGAUCUUUCAGUCUGACUCUCCAAAAGUGGCAUACUGGCAGGGCAGAAAUCAAGUGUUUGGGGAUGUUUUGACAUUUGUGCUGCUGAAAAAACCCCUACUGCUGGAGGAAUUGUAUUAAGCUUUCCCUGGGCAAAAAGUAGGUAUAUAAAAUGAAGGUAUAUUUAAAGUUCUAUUGAAGUUACAGUUGGUCAUUGAUACAGGAGUGUAGUCUGACAUAGAUGCAACCUAUAAACAUGUGAGGUUUAACAAUGAUGUCUUUCACAGAAGAAAGCCCUUGAAAUUGAUAAUGCACUUAACACUAAAAUAAGAAGGUACCUCGAAAGACAAAUCCUUAUCUUCUAUGCACUGUUGCCAGCCAAUGUACUUUGUGCUGACUUCCAACAUUGUUUUCAUCUUGCACAGUUUCUGUCAAAGGCAGGAAAUGCCAGGGAUGGGACUCUCAUUCUCAUGAGCAAAUUGAUGCAAACAAUAUGGUGUAUUGAACUGUGGAAGAUGGAGAGGAGAGGAGGGGCUUUUUUUGUAGAUGGAAUAUUUCAAGGGUUGCUCUUAAGACUGGUUUCACAACUACAGAGAUACUUGUUAAUGAUAGAAUUGUGUGAAGUUAAUGAGAAGCUUUCAAAGACAGAUGGUGAAACUUACUGCUAAUUCUGGGUAGAUUACUACCCAAGGAGUGUUUCCUCCCUUAACUGAGGCUGUUUAGAAGUCAGUAGCUUUUCCUAAUCCUGAUCCUGCAGCAGACAAUUGGGAUGGGACUGAGGGUGUAAAUGCUGAAAUUGUCUGGAGUGUGAACAAAAUUCAAAGCAGUCUAUUCUGAGACUUAAAUCAUCCAUCUGAAAUUUUGAAAGCAGGUGUUCAUUGUGCAAGUGUGGCAGAAAAUAUUUUAAAGAUUCUGUUAAUUUAGGAUAGUCACUAUAUAAUUAGAGACUAAAUAAUGUAGAACCAGUAUUUAAAAGGGAAAACAAUUAAAUGAGGAAAGUACACAUUCAUGUGUCUGUAGCAAGCAGAGCUCUAAGUUCAUUCUGCUUCUGCAAAGUGUGUUUGUUUACUUUGCAGACAUAAAGGUAACUGUAUAUGAAGCAAGAAUUGAUAAUGUUAAAAUAAGCUGAUGAUUACUUGUGAUCAUCUGUAUUUUAGAUGAAGUAAAUGCAGGAGACCCAAUUGGUCCUGGUUUUUUUUUUUUUCUGUGGAACGAUGUGAUGUGGAGCAACAAAGGAAGUCUCUAGAUAAUUCCAACAUGAGUAAGAUUUUAGCUAAAGAGAAAGUGUUUUGUAAUGGGAACCAUUGUAUUGAUGGUGGAUACUACAAGUUCUUGAUAACCUCUGAAGAAGACUUUUGCAAGAACUGGUCUCAGUGUUGUACUUGGUAUGUCUGUUAAUGGUUUUGAUAUAAAGACUUGGGCUACAUUAGAGUGAUUUGGGGAUGAUUAAUCUGAAACAAUUGGCAGUACAUGGAGUUUUGAAUAUGAUUUUUUUAAAAAAAGAUUGCUUUGACCAGCAAAGUAAGAUCAAAUAACAGUGCAAAAUGCAUAUUCAAUCAGUUACUAAUGAGAACUUUUGCUAUAGGCCAAGAGUGUCACUACUUCUUCAGUUGAAAAGGAGAGAAGAAAAUUACUCCAGGUAGUCUGUUCAACAACAAGCACUGUUACUUACCUAUUAAAGAAAAAAAAAAAAAAAAAAAAAUUAAAAAAAAAAAACCCUAGAGCUCCAGUAUGCUAAAAGGAAG